AUGGCGACCGUCGGCCUCGAUUUGGGUGGCUUCUCCAGCAAGGUGUGCGUGUCGUGGUCCGGCAACGAUUCCAUCGAGGUACACGUGAAUCGGCUAUCGAAUCGCGAAACUCCCACCAUUGUCGCGUACGACAAGCGCAUUAGGUAUGGUUUGGAAUGUGGAAGGCUGACUGGCUGCAGGCUCUACGGAGAGGAGGCCGACCUGAGGAGUACCAGCCUGUUCAACUCGACGUUAUGUCUGCUCCCAUAUACUGUUGCCUCGUCUAAGGAAUCGGUGUUGAGCUUCAUUAAUGCUCGCCGUUACCUCUUCUCGCUACCCGUGGAUGAGGCCUCACCGGAUCUUGCCUUUCUUGUGAACUUCGAUGACCAGCAAUGCUCAGUUCAGCCGAGGGAUGUGUUCGCGUUUUUCGUGAACAAGCUGCUUGAAACAGUGCGCAAGCAGCUUGGCGUGGUAGACCCCCGUGCCAACGGCCUAAUUCAACUAUCGGUACCCGUUCCGCAGUACUUCACCCAGGAACAACACUUGGCCAUCUACAAGGCAUUGGCAGUUUGGGGUUUCGGAGGAGUCCGCCUAUACAAGCAGACUGAAUGCCUCUUGCGGCGUUGGUGUGACUCGCAUCUCCCGUAUGUCUUCACCGAAUUCACGAACUCGACCGGGCAGUCCAAGAUGCACAUCGCCUUCCUGGACGUUGGAUUUUGCCACUGCACGUUCUUUGUGGCCGAAAUUACGAAGGGCGAUGAAAUAGAACACCGCAUUGUGGCGGAGGAGUCGAACGAUUCGGUUGGCACCUACCAAAUGGUAGAGAAGCUGGCAAACUUCGUCUGCAGCUCCAUCAAAGAAAAGCAUGGAGUUGAUGUGAAACCACCCUCACGACAGGCUUUCAAUGUUUACAAGGCGUGUUCCAAGGCGCUGAAGGAGCUCAGCGUGGUGGCCGACGUUAAGAUCGACUGCGAACGCGUCCUCGCGGACGGCGAUGACUUUUCAAUGGUGCUUACGCGAUUGGAUUUGGAGGACAAUUGUGAACCAUUCAAGGACAUCCUACAGGGAAUGAUGGACCGCGUGUUUGCGCAUGUGGAACCCGGGUGCCUGUUGGCCAUCGAAACCAUUGGCGGCGGGUCCCGCGUCCCAUUCGUGAAGCAUUUGGCCACAGAAGCGGCGAAAUCUCGCGGAGCAACCCAGGUUGUGAGGAUGUCGUUGGACUCUACGUCCGCCACUGCGAGUGGCGCUGUAUGCCUGGCGAGAGCAGACGCACCGUCGCUGUUGGACGUUGAAGGCAUAUCGACCGAUAUUGGAGAAGCCGAAGUAGCAGCUGCUAUCGCCAGAGAGGAGCAGUUCAGCGUAGUCGAAUCGGAGGAGUUCCACAAGCGGUCAGUGCUGAACGAGAUCGACCAGUACAUCAUCAAGACGAGGAACGACGCCCGCGGCGACUUCAGCCAACACCUGCAACUGCAGGAUGUUGAGCCGUUCUUAACCGCGCUGGACGAUUUCGCACUCAGUGCUGCUAGCGACAAGGCUGUGAGUGCGUCGGCGUGUGAAUCGCAACUAAACGAGUGCCGUGACAAGGUGCGUGAGCACUGCCCGGCGUACGUGCAGGCACUGGAGGAAGCCGAGAAGGCCAAAGCCGCCGAGAUCGAGCGUUCAGCCAUGGCUCCUGAUUACACUUCAGUCUCUGAGGUGAACAUGGACGUGACUCUGCCGAAGGCGACAUGCCUGAAGCGUGCCGCCAAGAACAGGUCCGAGGGAAACGCCCUGUUUUCUGGCGGCAACAUCGAGAUGGCUGCGCAGCAUUACGUGAAGGCGCUGCAAUAUUGCUCUAAGGUCACCAACCCUGACGACGAAGAGCGCUCGGAGCUGGAAUUGCUGAAGCUGGCAAGCAACCUCAACUUGGCCAUGGUUGGUACACCGGUCACUAACCGCGAAUACUUGCAGUGUUACAUCAAGAUGGGCACAGAAGCCAGUUACAAGAAGGCCGUCAGCUGCUGCACUCAGGCACUAGAGUUAAGCCCUGACAACACGAAGGCUAUCUACCGCCGUGCCUUUGCCUACGACAAGCUCAACGAGCUGGAGAACGCUCUGGCCGACGCUCGUAUGGGCGUCUCCAAAUUCCCAGACGCUGCGGAUUUGAAGCAGAUUUACGCUGAUGCGCUGCAGCGUGACGGCCUGUACCUGAAGAAGGUCGAUCGCCUGACGCGCAGGCUCAAAGCGGCGCUAUUCUUCGCUCACACCGCAGCACGCGCACAAACCGCUCGGAAAUCUGGCGAAGGAGCUGGAGAGACUGCUAAUGGUGAAGCGGGCGCGUCGCGGCGUUGGUUUACUGAGCCUGCUGGCGACCUGGAGGCGGUAGUUAAGACGGCGUACUACUGCCAGACGCAGCUAGAGCAGAUACGCGGUGAGAAAAAUCUCAACCGCAAAGCUGAAGCUCUCAAGGAUACACUGAAGCUGUUAGACAGCGUGUAA